CAGGAGCGGAGGAGCCAAUCAGAGUCCCUGCUUGCGACCCACUGCAGCUACCGUACAUAAAGGAGCGAUAGAGAGCGAGAGGGAGAGCGAGAGAGAGAGAGUGAGAGAGAGAGAGAGAGAGAGAGAGAGAGAGAGAGAGCGAGAGAGAGAGAGAGAGAGAGAGAGACUCCGCGUGCCUCCCAGACCCCCAGCACCACCUUGCGCUCCAAAACCCAAAGCCCACCCUCUCCAAAGACCCCCUUUUUUAUCCAUCCAUCCAUCCACCCCCCCCACCACCUCCACCACCACCAAUCCAAAGCCCUUCUAAUGCACUCCUCCAGCAGCUUUUCCCACCUGCCGCGGUAAAGGCGGGGGGGCACGCGCACUGGUGCCUGACAAGAGGAGGAGCACGAGGAGAGCAGAAGAGGAGGAGGAGGAGGACGCACGGCCAGGACGCACGGCCCCAUUACGCACGGUCAUUACGCACGGUUAUUACGCACGGUUUUUACGCACGGCUCCGCGACGGUCAGGACGCGUCCGACCAUGAUGCUGCUGGCCAGAUCCGCUCUCCUGGCCGCCCUGACCCUCUCCCUCGCGCUGGCCUGCGGGCCGGGCAGGGGCUACGGGCGCAGGAAGCAUCCCAAGAAGCUCACGCCGCUCGCCUACAAGCAGUUCAUCCCGAACGUGGCCGAGAAGACGCUGGGCGCCAGCGGCAGGUACGAGGGCAAGAUCACGCGGAAUUCCGAGAGGUUCAAGGAGCUCAUCCCCAACUACAACCCCGACAUCAUCUUUAAGGACGAGGAGAACACGGGCGCCGACCGGCUCAUGACUCAGAGGUGCAAAGACAAGCUGAACUCGCUGGCCAUCUCGGUAAUGAACCAGUGGCCGGGGGUCAAGCUGAGGGUCACCGAAGGCUGGGACGAAGACGGACACCACUUUGAGGAGUCCCUGCACUACGAGGGCCGGGCCGUGGACAUCACCACCUCCGACCGGGACAAGAGUAAAUAUGGGAUGCUCUCCAGGCUGGCGGUGGAGGCCGGCUUCGAUUGGGUUUACUACGAGUCCAAAGCCCAUAUCCACUGCUCCGUCAAAGCAGAGAACUCGGUGGCCGCCAAGUCCGGAGGUUGUUUCCCAGGAACCUCGCAGGUCCAGCUGAAGGACGGACGGAAGAAGGCCGUGAUGGACCUGAAGCCCGGAGACACGGUGCUAGCAGCGGACGAAGCGGGGAAGCUGGUCUACAGCGACUUCGUCAUGUUCACGGACCGAGACCCGUCCACCAGAAGAGUGUUUUACGUGAUAGAAACCAAAGCCCAAAAGAUCACCCUGACCGCAGCCCACCUGAUCUUCAUCCUUGACAACUCGACCAGCGACGUCCAGGCCAUGAGGGCCGCGUUCGCCAGCGAGGUCAAACCCGGACAGAAGGUGCUGGUCCUCAAUGGCGACAAAGGUCAGCUGAGCCCUGUGGUCGUGGAAAGGAUAUACUUGGAGGAGCACCAAGGCUCAUACGCACCGGUCACUUCUCACGGCACCAUCGUGGUGGACCACGUUCUGGCGUCUUGCUACGCUGUCAUCCAGGACCACAGACUAGCCCACUGGGCCUUCGCCCCGGUCAGGUUAGCCUACGGCUUGUCCUCGUUUUUACUCCCAGAGAGCUCCCAGCUGUCAAACUCGACCGCACAGCCGGACGGAAUCCACUGGUACUCCAGGCUGCUCUACCGAAUGGGAACUUGGCUCUUGGACAAGCGUUCGCUUCAUCCGCUGGGCAUGCCUGCACAGUCAAGCUGAAAAAGACUCGCGUGGACAUUUCAAACUAAUGUAGGAUAUAAGACAAUAUUAGUAUAUAAAAACAAAGAGAGAGAGAGAGAGAGACAGAGAGAGAGAGAGAGAGAGAGAGAGUGAGAGAGAGAGAGAGAGAGAGAGAGAGGCCCCAGGAAGAGGUGGGAUAUUUAUUUCACUGACUUUUACAUUUGUCAUUUUAAAAAAAGAGUAAAAAAAAAAGAAAGAAAGAGUAAGAAA